CCAUGAAGUUAUGUAGGUGGGGCGGGCUUUAAUUUGCUUAUAUCUAAUGAUUUCAGGAGCCUCGCUUUAAAAUGGCGGCAUUGAGUAUACACCCCUGCUAAAGGCUCUCCCGGCACCAGGGCCACCUCGCGCAGCGCUGCUUUUGCUUCUGCCGCUAACAGAUGGCAUGUGCCGCUGCCGCUGCCCCUGCCGCUGCCCCUGAGAGCAGGACCCCCUAGCCUCUGGGUUUGCGCUAGCAGCAUAAGGUUUCUGAAAAGUGCCUUUUCUGAAAACUCUGCCGCUUGGAUUCCACUCUAGAGCUGUCUCUUUAUAAACCCCUCUCCCUGCCACCGCCAGCCCCCUGAAACCUGGUGUGAUUGUAGUUCACUCUCAGCAACUCCCUUCUUUUUUUUUUUUGAUUCUCAGUUUUCAUAGUCAUUUUCCCUUCUCCUGAUUUUGCAGCAAAAAACAAACAAACAAAAAAACAACUUUACAGUUGUACCAUCCUUACCAAUCUCGACCUUUAAAGCCAAGAAAUAGGGAGAACAACUUUUCUCCCCUUGAUCUGAGACCUUUCCACAAACUGAAGGGCAGCCAGCAGCAUAUGCUUUUUGCGAGAAUAAUUGAAAACCAACUGGAGAACACAGAAUUCUUUUGAAUCUCUGCCAGUUAUUUGAAGUAACUUCGACAGAGGAACAAAAUAAAACACUCAAUAUUUUAACCUUUAUGGUUGCCUUCUUAAAGGAGUUGGUCUCUAAUUUGAUUUUUAGUUAUUCUGAUACAAUUUUUAUUUUAUGAUUGGCUUUUUGUUUGACUAGACCAAUAUUGACUUAAAUUUAAAACCUAAGUGCAAACAACGAAACAUUUCACGAAAGCAACCUGUUAUCUCUUCACAUUUAGCUUGAAUUCGUUUUUAACCUUUUAACAACAGCGGUAAUAUUGGCCUAGAGAGGGUGCACUUGAUUUUAACUUUGCUUUCACUAUGACGGCUGUCAACGUUACCUUGGUUCGUGAUACCAAGUGGCUGACUUUAGAAGUCUGUAGAGAAUUUCAGAGAGGAACCUGCUCUCGAGCUGAUGCAGACUGCAAGUUUGCCCAUCCGCCAAGAGUUUGCCAUGUGGAAAAUGGUCGUGUGGUGGCUUGUUUUGAUUCUUUAAAGGGUCGGUGUGCUAGAGAGAACUGCAAGUACCUUCACCCUCCUCCACACUUAAAAACACAGCUGGAAAUUAAUGGACGGAACAAUCUGAUUCAACAAAAGACUGCUGCAGCCAUGUUCGCCCAGCAGAUGCAAUAUAUGCUCCAAAAUGCUCAAAUGUCAUCACUUGCUUCUUUUCCUAUGACUCCAUCGCUUGCAGCUAAUCCUGCCAUGGCUUUCAAUCCUUACUUACCUCAUCCUGGAAUGGGCCUGGUUCCUGCCGAACUGUUACCAAAUGCACCUGUUCUGAUUUCUGGAAACCCGCCUCUCGCAUUGCCAGGAGCUGCUGGUCCAAAACUGAUGCGUUCAGAUAAAUUGGAGGUUUGCCGAGAAUUUCAACGUGGAAAUUGUACCCGUGGUGAGAACGAUUGCCGCUAUGCUCACCCCACAGAUGUUUCCAUGAUUGAGGCAAGUGAUAAUACCGUGACUAUCUGCAUGGAUUACAUCAAAGGUCGAUGUUCCCGGGAGAAAUGCAAGUACUUUCAUCCUCCUGCACACUUGCAAGCCAAACUCAAGGCAGCUCAUCACCAGAUGAACCAUUCAGCUGCCAACGCGAUGGCCCUACAGCCUGGUGCACUUCAACUGAUACCAAAGAGAUCGGCACUUGAAAAGACCAAUGGUGCCACCCCGGUCUUUAAUCCCAGUGUUUUCCACUGCCAACAGGCUCUGGCUAACCUGCAGCUCCCGCAGCCGGCUUUUAUCCCUGCAGGGCCAAUACUGUGCAUGGCACCCGCUUCAAGUAUUGUGCCCAUGAUGCACGGUGCUACACCUACCACUGUGUCUGCAGCAACAACACCUGCCACCAGCGUUCCCUUCGCUGCAACAGCUACAGGCAAUCAGAUACCCCCAUUAUCAAUAGAUGAACUGAAUAGCAGCAUGUUUGUUUCACAGAUGUAGAAGUUACCAGUAGAACAUUGAAAUUCUGAACAACAGAGUUAUGGAGUAUCAGAAUCUCUCCGUGAGAACCUCCAUAUGGCCUUUCUAUAUAUAUUCUCGUAUGUCUUCUUCUACCAACACAAUAAGCGUGGUGCAGUUAAUAUACUAAACAAAACAAACAUACCAACCAACAAAUUCAAAUAAAAAAUGAAGCAUUAUGCAAUCAAUGCAGAUGUUAAAACACAAAUAGAAAACUAAUAACUACUGCCUAUCUUAUUUGAAUUAUUACGUAGAAUAUGACCCUAAAAUUUUCAAUUUGUUACAUUAUUCUUUGUAAUUUCCCAAUAACCAUUAUGCUGAGUGAAUUUCCACAGUGAACUGUUGGCUUACUGUGCAUUCUUGGUGGAUAAAUGUUCGUCUGUUUUGAAGUGUUACCUUACUGUUUUGUUUACACAAUAGUCUAUUGGGUUAAUUUAGAAUGUAACAGAUUUAUCCAGUACCAUUUUCCUCAUUAUUAUACUGUAUUGUAUUGUGGUGUGUUGUGUUCUGUUAGGUUUUUACAUACGAUAGUGUUUUGCUGUAUAUGUGUGGUGGCUGAUUUCAACUAAAAUGUUAUUAAUGGGAAACAGAAAUAUAUGUGCUUAAAAAACAUAACAGGUUAGGUUAAUGUUAAUAUGCUCCCUGUUUCUUUAGAAUAUUUCUGUAGGUUUCUUGGGGGAGACAUUUAAAAGGCCUCACUUUUGCAUGUGCACAAAACCUGUUCAUACACAUGCAUGUGUUUAAUUUGUACCUGCAGAUCUGACCUUGCAUAAUGUGAUCACAUUACUAGAUUUUUUGUGAGAGAGAAAUAAUUACUUGCAAAAAACAGGACACUUGUUAAAACUUUAACCCCUAAUUUCACUCCCUAAAUAGCUUGAAAACCUAGAACUUACCUUUAAAUGAAUUUCUCAGCAUUUAUACUAAAAAUUAUGUAAAGUGCCCAUUACAUUUUUUUGUGGCUCAAGGAUCCUGUCUCCUAGGUUGAGUGUCUAAAACUGAGCCAUUUGUCAUCUUCAGCUGAGAAAUUGGUACUUAGAGGCUUAAAGGUAUGCUAAUUACAGGUUAUGAAUUAAACAGGGAGAGGGACAUGAAGAUAGUUUUUACAUAUUGGAGGAAAGUGUGUAAAAACCAUUACAAUGUAACCUUUUACACAAGUGCCGUUUUCCGAAUGCAAAUGGCUCAUGCUCCUUAGACUACUCUUGAAUAAUAAGUAAGAUGCAAUCUAGCAAAAGUCAGUGAGGGUGAAAGAGAAUUGGUUCUAAGUAAGGCCUUUCCUCUCCAAAUGGACAAUCUUUUCUAUUGAUCACAGUUGGAGCCUGAGUAUAGGUUUGGAGAAAUGGCAGAGGGGGGAGGGGGGCAGGGAAAUGUUUCAAAUUGUUCUUUGAUUUAUUUAAAAGUUUUAGGAAGGAUGUGCACAGUUGUCUUUCGCUUCAGUUCAUCUGAGUUUCGUUUUGUUCAACACAUCAGUGAAGGAGCAAGCACCUGUGAUAGAUGUCAAGUGUUGCCUUGACCUCUCCCAACUCUAUUAACAACAGAGUCUCUCGCAUCAUAAACAAGCCUUUGUUUGUUUGGAUUUGUUUGUUUUAUAUGUAGUUGAAUAUUAUAAUAGGUUUUUAGCACCCUUUUGAUAAGAGAGUGGCUACACUCCAUAGAGCUGAGCUGAAUCCACAUUGCUAAUACUUAUAAAAUAAUUUUAUAACCAAGUAAAAUAGUAAUUAAUUCAUAUUGUAUGUGGCAUACCUCCUCCACUCUACUCAGUUAUUAAAAUUACUAUUAUUAUACAGUGGUGGAACCAUAUGAUAUUUUGCACCAAUUUAGAUAGAUUUAAUAUUUCUACUAAAUAUAUAUUUUCUCGCUGGAAAAUAUAAAAUCAUCACAUUUGAUGUGUACAACAGGUUUUUUUUCCUUAAUGAAAAUGUCAAGCAAAGAGAAAAUCUGAUUUAGGAUAUUGUAAGCCGGCAGUAGUGUUUGAAUCACAGAACAAUGGAGUUGGCAAAACCUUUUCACAGUUGAUGAAACUGAGGCCCAGGGCAUGUGACUUGCCGAAGGCUACCUAGCUAGUUGGUGGCAGUCAGACCCCAAAAUAUCUCCUGGCUCUCACUUGUUCCUCCGUUUCAUGUUGUUUGUGCUUCAAAACAUUUGAGACUCUAUCCUAAAGCAGAUCAAUUUGGCUCAGAAUACAAAAGAGCAAAAUUAGCUCUUUGGUAGUUGAUAUCCUGUUGAUCUUAAUAUCAAUCCAAAUUAUGAUCAUCAGUGAUUUCUAAAUGCUCUUGCUUGUAUAGUGCCAUUGUCAUCUCUUAACAGUAUUGCUUGGAGUUAGAAAACAAGAAAUGUCCUGACUUUUACCUAUUGAUUCUUUGAACUACUUAAUUUCUGUUUCCCAAAAUCUUAACAUUGUUAAAGAAGAAAGUAGAGCAUGCCUUUGUGAAAUUACUUGUGUAUGGAACCGAGUUUUGUAUAAAGCUGUGGCACUGCCUCUCCAGAAGGGCAGAUCUGAUCACACAAAUCCAGGAAGGAAGCACCUGAGCUAGUCUGGAUGUAUUCCUUAAAAGAGAUAGAGACGUUUUAAGUGCAAAAUGAACUUUUUUGUGUAGUUUGACAUUUUGAUGCAACGAACUGUCUCAUUUAACUUUUUAAACCUCUGACGAAGAUGUACAUAGACAAUAAACCCAGAGUACAGCGGUUUUCAUGUUGCUUUAAGCUCUGGAAGACAUUAAUAAUGACAUUUUUUAGUAAGAGGUUUAGUGAGGGAUAUUCAGAGCAGUUGUAUUUUUGGUGCCACAAUUUUUUAUAUUGUUGGCAUUUUAAAAGUUACUUUGUAAAUGAAUUUAAAGAAAGAAAACUUAAAGCACUAAAGUUUUGAUCAGAUGCAAAAGAAUUUUGACAUAAAUGCAAUUUUAAGAUAGCACUCUUUAAACUAGUUGUGCAAUGACUUAUUCAAGUUGUCUUUAUUCAAGAAAAGAAAAGAAGAAAAGUAAGUCAUUCGACUAUAAAUUUCCAGUGAAAAAGACAAGUCACAAAACUAAUCAGUGACUCUAAACGAAAAUUUACUGGAUGAAUUGUAUAUAUAAAAUUCUAAUCACCUGUGAUUCUAGUUAACAUUUUAUAAGCUUUGUAAUUUACAAGGGCCUCUAUUUUUAUUUAUCCACAAUUAUUGUUUUUGUUCAUAUCUCUCAGCCUUUUGCAAAAAUACGCAAGAGUGCUGAAACUUGGAUAAAUCAGGUCAUGUAUACAGAGAAUAUAAUCUAAAAGUUAUCUUUUAAGAGGAUUUUAGUAAUGUCAAUUUUUUUUUAAAAAAAGCACUAUGUGACCAUAACAUAAGUAUAUUUUAAAGAGGGAUUAAGAUUAAAUUAAAAUUAAAUGGAUUCAUAAAAUUGCUAUUUAAAUACAGUAUUUACUUUUGCAAUUGGAGCAUGAUUCCACAACCAGCUGUUGCAUUUCAUUUCGCUUGUCUAGAUUAGAGUCUUUAAUUUGUAGUUAAUCAUGAUGUGAAAAGCCAUCUUCUCCCCACUCCAUCAAUCUUCUCCAUCCGGUUUUGAACAUGCUAAAGCACUUUGAUCUUGCCAUAAGUGUUGUCCUACGCCACUAGGCUGUGUUCACGAAUGGGCAGCCUCAGCUCACCCACUCUGCAAUUUGGGAAAAGCAAGUACCUCCUCCCUGCCAUCAGUAGGAACUGGAUAAAACUAAUCUGUACAACUUGAAACUGUUUUUAAUGGCAUGACCAGUAAGCAUAGUGAUGUCUGAAUAAGGACAACAUUGGCAUUAAAUUUUAUUAAAUAUGUAGGGAAGGCCCACGUGCUACUUGGAAUGUUAUUUGGUUCUUUCCCCCUUCCUUUGGAGAGUGUAGAUGAGGAUGCUCUUAGGUAAAUGCAGCCACAAGGUUCCCAAGGUGUUUUAGUCUGUAGAGUAGGCUGUGAUGCACACAAUUGUUAGAAACUGGAAUCCUCUUUCUUUUUAUCUCUUCUACAUUUCACACACAUUGAAAUAGAAAUAGAGAAAUAUGAUUGAGGGAAAUAUGAUUUCCCAAUUCUGUUGAAUAGAUUUAGGAAGAUAGUGGCCUAAUUUUUAAUUUUACUAGUGCCUGUCAAAGGCAAUAGAAUAAACAGUGUGUAAAAGAAUAUAACAACUUUUUUGCAAAUUUAGUUGAUAGCCUAAUCAAACUGUAAAUAUAAUUACAAAUAUAAGUUUGGAGCACCAACUCACUAAUUGGGGCCAUGUUUUCAUUUUUCUUGUUAGUUAAGGUUUUUGUUUUAUUACUUUUUUAUGUCUCUAAGUAACUAAUGAACUUAAUUUUGAAGGAGAGUUAGAGAAAGUUUAAGAUUUUACUACAUGUAUUCAAUUCACCUACAUAUGUUCUAAACUGACACUGAAGCAUGACAAGUUAUAGAUUAUAGUCCGUAACUAUUCUUUACAGUUCACAGUUUAAGAACAAACUUAACUUUAUAUACAAAUAAUAAUUUUAACUAAUUAUAUUUAGUCGUUGCUUGAGCAACAAAACUACAACAUGGCUACCUUUAGACACAUUUUUUGUGAAAAUUUUACUUGUAAACUAUACAUGGUUUUUGACAGUAUGAGCAUGUAGAAGAUACAGCUCAAAGCUCAGAAAACAGCUGUGGUUGAUUGUUUUUUAUCCCAAAUUCCCAUGUGAAAGCUGAAUUUGUGUCUUUGUGUGACUUUUUGAUCAAAAAGUUUACAACACGUGGAUACUAGAAUCAGGCUUUAUAGGUUAUAGAAUUUGUUGUGUGGCUAGGGUUAUUCCACAGUAUCUAGACUUUAAAACACAAUGGUUGUAUUUAUAAUACAUUACCUGACCUUUUAUUCAUAACUUUAUUCAAAAUUAAUCUAUUCAAGUGGCAUAGCUGUAGCUACAAAAAUUCUCUCUUCUGGAAUUACAUACUUAUACAAAUAUAUCCAAAUGAGAAUUAAAGAAUGACAAACAUGUAGAUUAAAAUUAAUUCAUAUUUGUAAAACCGCAUACAUAAAGGUACUGUGGAAUGACCCUUUAACAGUGUUUAAGAGACAUAUGCUGCAGUUAACUGAUUGUCUCAGUUAGGGUGCGAACGUGUGAGACACACCUUUUUUGCACUUAUGUACAUAGUCUGUGAAAGCAAUCCUUGGAGCUUUUUUUUUAAAUAUAAGAAGUCUGUGAUAAUAGUGGAAAAGCUAGUAAGAGAGAAUUAUUUCUAAGGCUUUGAGAAGGAGGGGUUUUUUUUUGCUAUAGACUUAACUAAAGCAUGAUGUUGCUUUGCUGUUGUGGCGGCUCUCUUGUUUGCUACAGCUCACCAAAAGGCCCAAGACUGGUAGAGACUGGUACUGGGACAAGACUGGUAGUAGGUAACAGGUCAACUUCAGUUAACAACACUGAACAAGAGUAAAAAAUACUUCAUCUUUUAGCAAGACCACUAGCAAAAAUUAUUUGCUUUUUAAAUUAAUCUUUGCUGUAAACACACACACACACACACACACACACACACACACACACCAGGCAGGUUUCUGGCUGAUGUUUUGUUUUUCCACUGGUUGCAAGCAGUGAAAUACUCUGUAAAUUACAAGAUGGAUCUUCCCAUUAUGAUCAAGUUAGAUUUCCUCUUUCACAGAAAAUUAUCAAUUCACGUAUAUCAGUUACAUCAAUUAAUAUGUAUUUAAGUGACAAUCAAAUUGUUAACCUGCACCACUAUUUCCCCUUUAAGAUCCAGAACCCAAAACCAAAUUGGCAACCAUUGAAGGAUGUAAUUUAACGGUUAAGCAGUGCCAGCACAGGGCAUUUCAUUCCCUUCAACAAAGGAAAAAAUGGUCCUGGCACAAGUUUAGAAAUGGCUUUAUUUACCUUAUACCUGUUCAGUGGAAGCAGUUUUCUGACUCACCUUUACCAGAUUAGAAAGUGCUUCACUGUGCCACUUCAGCGUCCCGCUGUUUUAACUAAACAGAAGAGAAACAGCCAAAAUCUUACACCCAUCAGAGCUGGAAAAUAAUGUUUCAAUCAGACCAUCUCUGCCAAUUUCAGCUCCCACAUCACCUAACAGAUCACCAUUUAACUUUUUGUUGCCUCCAGGCAAUGAGGCCUAGAAAAGGUCAAGGUUAGAAAGGUUUAAGGCUAGAUUACCACAGGUACUUGGAGUCUUUCACAUCUGGGGCUGUGAUGCCCUUGCCCUGGAGGAGCCUAGUCUGGGACUGGGGGAGUUGGUAUUAGUAUUGCUACCCAUUUUGAUAGUUCUCACCUACAGAGACGGGAAAAUAAGCCAAAGCCAGAAAGCAAUCCAAGCCUUACAGUUGUCCAAUAGCUCAGGGCCAGUUGGUUAGAAAUUUCUUUUAUUCCCCCUUCAGCCCAUAAUCAGAGUCAGCCGUACAACUAACAGCCUGACCAUCUGACCAGCAUUUCCAUUAAUAUAAAAUGUAAGCAUUCGUUCAUUCUGUAGUUAGGAACUCCAACCUCAACCUUAUCACCAACAUAUUUUCCCAACUUAACCCAUGUUCUUGCGUUGACAUUUCUUGUAAAUCUAUAAGCCACAAGAAUAUAUUUUCAUAAGGUCAAUAGAAAUAUAGUAAGUUUUUAAGUCAGGAAGAAUCAUCUAUAAAAUACUAAGAAUGAAGCUGGAAGCAUCACAAAAGAUAUCCAAUUAAUUGAUGGCAUGUUGUGCAUGCUGACAACCACUGGGUCACCCUCUUCGGAGCUUAAACACAGUGCUGUGUUUGAAUAAGUAAAAUUAGAGAAUGAAGUAUAACAGAAUGUGAAUAACUUGAGGCCAAAAAAAGACCUCUAUUAUUAAGCCCAGGAAAGGCUUAGUUUGACUAAUUCAAACAGUUUCCAGCCCCUUCACUUGUCCUCGCCUGGAAGAGAACCACCCAUCAAUACUCCAAAGCAGGAUUAUUCCAGAGAAAUUUUAUCCUUAAAUAGAACCCAUCCUGAGUUAUAGUAUACCUAAAGGGAAUAAUGUAUCACUAUGAAAUAAGUCACAGCUCUUUGUAGAUAUUGCAAGAAACCUCACUAGUCAUCUUCUACAUCAUAUUAUUUAAAUUAAUAAAAUACCUCUGUAACAAGACCUAAAAGUAACCCUACUUUAAGCAGUGCUCUUUUCUCUCAAAACACACAACCUAAAGAUUUAUCUGUCAUAGAACUGCAUGGUUCCAAAGCUUUAUUUCUGUAUACAGAUGCUAUUUGUUAAUGAUGGAAAACAAAUUAUUUUGUUGCUAUGUCUUUUGUGUCUAGCAGUUGAGAGAAUGAUAUGACCAUCAUAUCAUUGGAUUCUGAGGUUGCCCUUUUCAAAAUAGAUUUCCUUUUAUUACUGUUGUUGCUGCUUUAAUUAUUAGAAAAUGAGCCAUUUGUUGUCAUGCCCCCAGGUCACAAUAAUUUAAAUUAAGAUUACAAAAAACAUGUUCCUAAAUAUACUCUUUUUGUAAGGGCUAACUUUAUGCAUAUAAAAACAAUCCAGUAUAAUGUAGAAAAUGGAAGCACAUAUUUGGGGAGAAAAAUGUCAAUUUAAAAAUACCUAUAAAUAAGAAAAUUAUUAACCCCGUGCAACAAUUAUAGAUUUAAAUAAUGAUCACAAUAUUUUGUAAAUAUAAACUGUGCCCAUAAUAUUUUGCCUUCAAAAUGCAAUAGCUCAUUCCCUCAGCUGCUAUCUACAGGGCAGAUGCUUUGAUUUCUUUUGUUUUUUUUCCAAGUUAUAGUGCUGUACUGCUUGUUUGUGUCUAAAAGUGUGCAUUAUGCAGCUCAUUUUAGUAGGCUAUUUCUGUGUUGUUUUUUUUGUUCUUUAAUAAAAUGUGUAAAUUUC